AUGAGCUUGGAUCGAUUGCCUCAAGAUUGUUUUGCACGAAUUCUAUCACUCACAUCUCCCAUUGAUGCAUGUCGAAUCUCAGUACUCUCUUCCACAAUUCGGGUUGCAGCUGAUUCGGACAAUGUAUGGGAGAAAUUUCUGUCAUCAGAUUAUCAGGACGUCCUCUCCAGAUUACUGAAUCCACUGGUUUACUCAUCCAAGGAGUUAUUCCUCAGGUUAUGUAACCCACAUCUAAUUGAUGGAGGCCAUAAAACUUUUUCAUUAGAGAAAUCAUCAGGUAAAAAAUGUUAUGUGCUGAGUGCAAAGGAGUUGAAAAUUACAUGGGCAGAGAAUCCUCUCUUCUGGACCUGGAAAUCUUUCCCAGCAUCAAGAUUUUUUGAAGUUGCUGAACUUCGAACCAUCUCGUGGUUGGAAAUCCAAGGCAGAAUCCAAAAUCGGAUGCUGUCUCCGGACAUUGUCUACGAGGCUCAUCUGAUUGUGAAGUUUGUUGAUCAUGCAUAUGGACUAGACAUUUUACCAUCCAAGGCGGUUGAAGUUGGAGAUGUAAAAUCAGAAGGGACAGUUUGUUUACGCCAACAUGAAACUAAGAAACAAUGUCUGAAGACUACCUGGUUUUCAAAUCAGAUUGAAGCUUCGAGAUCAAUAGUUUUUAGAGGAACAGAAGAAAGGGUUCCUUGCAAGCGUGAAGAUGGGUGGAUUGAGAUUGAAUUGGGAAAGUUUUAUAACCAUGGAUCAGGUAUUGCAGAAGUAAAGAUGUGUCUAAAAGAGGUGGCAGGAACGCACCUGAAAGCAGGACUCGUUUUUGAGGGGAUUGAGCUUAGGCCAGAACAAUUCUCAAUGUAGACACAAGCUCCAAUUUUAAUGAGGUAGCUGAACUCGAAACUGUGAGCUGGUUGGAAAUCCAUGGCAAGAUCAGAACUAAAACACUGUCUCCAAACUCAAGAUAUGGAGCUUACCUUUUUCUGAAAAUCACUGACCCGUGCAUUUGGGCUUGAU